AUGGCUACGCACGGGCUCCCAAAUCGGCUACCCGAAUUCAACAGUUCAUCAUGGUCAUCAUGGUUUGGACGCCUGCAAUUUUACUUCGAGGCUAACAACAUCACUGAUGCAGCAAUGAAGAGAGCCAAUCUGCUAACGCUGUGUGGGGAGCAGACAUACGACACAGUCUGUGCCCUGAUUCAGCCACGCACUCCAGCAGCCGUUGACUACGACGACAUCGUAGCAGCGCUACAAGAACACUAUGACCCAAGGCCAUCGGAGGUCUACUGUCGAGCCCGCUUCCAACGGCGAGACCAACUGGAAGGCGAAAAAGUGGCCGAAUACGUAGCGGCUCUCAAAAAGCUCGCUGCUGACUGCAAUUUCGGGACGUUGACCGCGACAACUUCAGCUACUGCGCAGGAGGGAGGAUCGACUGCCACACCUGCUAACACCACUAUGCUCCCCUUGGACGUUAUGUUGCGUGACCGUUUUGUGUGCGGACUGCGUGACGAAGGCCUACAACAACGCCUGUUCGCGGAGACGGGUCUAACCUUCUCCAAAGCCUACAACAUCGCCCAACGAGCGGAGAGCGCCGGUCACCAGCAGAGGGAUAUUCGACGGUACGUCGAGCCGGUGCAUCACACCAGUCAGCAGUCAGGUCAUUCCACGUCUAAGGCGAAAGCAAGCAGGAAGACACAGCGCUGUUGGCGAUGCGACGACAUGCACGAUCCCCAGGUAUGUCGAUACAAGACAGCGACUUGCAAUUUUUGCCAAAAACUGGGUCACAUUGAAAAGGCAUGCAUCACGAAGCGCAAACAGCUCCGACCGAAGACUUCAGUGCAACGGAAUAACAAUGUCGACGCACAGGAGGGCCAGACGCAAGAUACAAGCCGAACAGCACUAACGUCAUCGGCACUAUAUGACUUAAACGCCGUUGUGAACCUCGGCACGAGACCGAAGAUUACGACUGAAGUCAUGGUACACCAGCGCCCUAUCAGGUUUGAGGUGGAUUCCGGAGCAGCAUGUACGCUCAUCAGCGAGGACACUUUUCGCGCCACUUGGCGUGAGAACGCGCCAGCUCUCCAGCAAGACGACACGCAGCUGAGAACGUGGUCCGGACAUUCUCUUCCACUACUGGGCUGUGCCAACGUAGACGUGUACUACAACGGUCAGACCCAUCAGCUCCCCUUGCUAGUCGUUCACGGUUCUGGAUCAAGCCUUUUAGGACGAAAUUGGUUCACCCCUCUUGGAGUGGUCGUUGGCGGAGUUCACCACACACCCAGCUAUCCGUCAGUGGAGGAGCUUCAACAGAAGUACAAAGCGGUUUUCUCCGAAGAAAUACCUGGAAACAACGGACCUCCAGUCACACUGGAGCUUCGGGAGGAUGCGACGCCGAAAUUUUUGAAAGCUAGGUCGGUGCCUUUCGCCCUACGAACGUCUGUCGAGAAUGAGCUUGACCGACUGCAGGAACAAGGGAUCAUCGAACCGACGCAACAUUCGGAAUGGGCUACACCACUCGUUGUCGUCCGAAAGAAGAACGGUACCCUACGCCUCUGCGGAGACUACCGGAGCACUGUCAACCUGGCGGCAAAAGCAUCUUCCUACCCACUGCCGACACCGGAAGAGGUUUUUAGCACGCUUCGUGGUGGAAAAAUCUUCAGCACCUUGGACUUGACACAAGCCUACCAGCAGCUGAAGGUGAGCGAAUCAACGUCUGAACUGCUCACGAUAAACACCAUUAAGGGUCUCUACAAAGUUAAAAGGCUACCAUUCGGAAUAUCUGCAGCGCCAGCAAUCUUCCAGAAAUUUAUGGAGUCUACACUUAGCGGGAUCCCUGGCGUUUGCGUCUACUUGGACGAUGUUAUUGUCGGUGGCGCCUCCAAUGAAGAGCACACAGAACGCUUGGAGCUCAUUUUGGAAAAGCUAUCAAAUGCUAACUUGCGCAUCAGCAAAGAAAAAUGUGUUUUUGCGGUCCCUGAAGUGAAGUUUCUUGGACAUCAAGUUGACGCGCAGGGUAUCCAUCCCACUGAAGACAAAGUUCGAGCAUUCACUGAAGCACGAGCGCCUACUAACAAGCAAGAACUCCAGUCGUUCUUAGGGCUAAUAACGUUCUACGACCGGUUCUUAGAACAUCGAGCUACAGUGGCCAACGAUCUGUACCAGCUCCUGCAGAAAGAAGUCCCAUGGACUUGGUCGCCACGCCACCAAGAGUCAUUUGUUGCCCUUAAGCAACUACUUCGUAAGUCUACAGUUCUGCGACACUACGACGAAAGGAGACCCCUACUGCUAGCCUGUGACGCAUCACCAUACGGAGUGGGAGCAGUCCUCUCCCAAGCUGACGACCAGGGACGGGAAGCCCCGAUCGCUUUCGCAUCGCGCACCCUGUCGCAGGCAGAGAGGAAUUAUUCCCAGCUAGAUAAAGAGGGACUUGCCAUCGUCUACGCAGCAGAUCACUUUCGGCAGUACAUCACGGGCAGAAAAGUGACAUUCAUAACAGAUCACCGGCCCUUAUUGGUUAUUAUGGGUCCCCAGAAGCCAAUGCCACAGACUUUGUCGCCGCGAAUGACACGGUGGUGCAUCAAGAUGUCGUCGUACGAUUACGAACUCGUACAUCGCACUGGGAAGAAACACCAGAACGCCGACGCACUAAGCCGCCUGCCGCUAGACACCACAAUGGAUGAACCACCCCUGCCGGGUGAUAUACUCAUGUUCGAGGCGCUGCCGAACCCUCCGCUAACAGCUGACACGGUAGCAGCGUCAACGCAGGAGUGCACUGUCUUGAAGGAAGUCUAUGCAGCUAUACAAGAAGGCAACGUGCAGAAGCUAAACGGUGAACACUUCAACGCUUACCGCAAGCGAGCUACGGAGUUGAGCACUCAUCGCGGUUGCGUCACCUUGGGAUCAAGAGUUGUAAUUCCAGCGGCACUUCGCGAACAGGCCAUGUCGCUUGUCCACGCAGGUCAUCGAGGCAUUGUUGCCAUGAAAAAGUGUGCCAGAAGUUAUAUGUGGUGGCCUGGUAUCGACGGUGAUAUAGAAUCGACAGUUAAAGAUUGCCAGCCUUGCCAAUGCAACCACAGAAGUCCGCCAAGAGCCCCUAUUCCUGAAUGGGAAAGACCAGACGCGCCUUGGCACACCCUGCACAUUGAUUUUGCUGGACCUAUCGAAGGAUGCUCAUUCCUGGUGGUUGUAGACGCAUACACCAAGUGGCUUGAGGUAAAACAAAUGGCUACAACGACAUCGGCAGCAGUUAUCGACACUCUGCGGUCGUUGUUUGCAACGUUCGGUCUACCGCGCAAGGUGGUCUCGGACAACGGCACUCCGUUUGUGUCCGCGGAGAUUCUCAAGUUCUACAGCGACAACGGCGUCUCGUCUGUUUCAUCAGCUCCUUACCACCCGGCGACGAACGGACAAGCCGAGCGCUACGUGGCUGAGCUAAAACGCGCCCUUACUAAAGAUCAGACUGGGACAAUGCAACGCCGCAUCGCGCGCUUUCUCUUCAGACAGCACAACACUGUUCAAAGCACUACUGAUCAAACGCCAGCGAAAUUGAUGUUCGGACGAGAAAUGAGAACCCAGCUGACAGCAAUUGUCCCGGAGCCCUCAGCGAAAACACCGUCGGAGGAAGAAAAGCUCCCGCGUAGCAGGAGAAUUGAAAGUGGACAGCGCAUAUACGCCCGCCAGUUCCACAGAAAGCCCGGCUGGGUUGAAGCGACGGCACUCAAACGCAUAGGUUUGCGGUCAUGGCUCGUCGACAUCGGCGGAAAGGCCACACGCCGCCACCUUAAUCAGCUACGUCGUUCAGACUGUAUGCUAGGUGAGUGCGAGCGCUGCCCAUGGACUCAAAGCCUCAGUCUGGCUUAUCUGGGAAUGGUUGACGAGGACAAGAUCACAUUUGCCGUAUGGGAAAGUGGCGACUUGAUAAAGAAGACGUUGUCUCCCACCCUUUUUCUAAAAGAGCUCGUCAAAUGGGUGACCAAAUGGAUCCCGCACGAUUACAUACGCCGCACUCAAGCAGCGGCUAUUCAUGAAGCAAAGAUGUGCGAGCAGCGUGGGAGCAUUGUCCUUCAUUUUGAUUUUGCUGAAAACUGGACUGUCCUGCUUCCAAACGAAACGCAAUCGUACCAUUGGCAUAAAAAGCAAAUCUCCAUCUUCACCUGUGUUGCCACCACAAGGAAAGCCACACACAGUUUUGCCAUCAUAAGCGACGACAUGCACCACGACGCCUGUUGCGCCCUAGGCAAAGUGCACGAGAUGUUGGAUGAGGAAGUGCCCAUCUACUGUCACGUAGCCUACGUCAGUGAUGGCGCAGCAAGCCAUUUUAAAAAUAGGUAUCAACUGUAUGAUGUGUGCCGCACCAAGUUCACGUCUGCAAGGUGGAUAUUUUCCGCUAACGGCCAUGGGAAGAACGCCUGUGACGGUGUGGGUGGACUCGUUAAGCAUCAUGCGUCCUUGCACAACCUGAGGUCUGGAUGCACCGAAUCCAUUCAGUAG